AGCGGGUCAGCAGUACAUCACCUCAGCAACAAACACGCUGUUGUUAUGACUCGCGCUUUCAGUGCAUUCUCUCACUCUCGCACACGGGCGAAUCAUAAGGAAACUUUCUCUAAGACCUACCCCCACACACAAUACCAAUUGCAAAGAGUGCUUUGUGGAUCGACUGACUCUCUGGGCGGCUACUGGGAGAGACUGAGAGAGAGCGGGAGGGAGAGAGAAUGGUGGGUGGGGGCAGAUGGAGGCUGCAAGAGAGAGAAAUAUUGCAAAGAGGAGCAGUCCCAGACAGAUAGAGAAGAAGAAGAAGAAGAAGAAGAGAGGAGGACUGUAGAGACAGGUCCUGCUUACACUUACCGGUAGUGUGAGCAGAGCAGGAAAAGGGAUUACAGAAAUAGGAAGGGAAGCUAGGCUGGGCAAUUGAAAGGAAGAGAGGGGGGAGAGAGAUAGAGUUGUUAUUAAAGUGGCUGAGGGAAGCUGAUGGGAUGGCAUUGAUCUCUGGGAGCUGCCGGCUCUUGGGCCAGAUGGCGUCUUGUUGCUGCAGACCGUUUCUCAACUCGUCCUGUUGUCGCCCGCUCAUCAAAGUCUGCCUCUCCUCCUUCACAGACAUCUCCCCUGCUGAGCUGGAUGCUCUUUGGAGGGAACCACCAUACAGUCUUGGAGGAACACAUGAACACUUUACAGACAAUAACAUCAUGACUCAAGGUGAGGAAGAGGAAGGUCCAACUGGAGACUCAGGAGAAGGAGAGGAACAUGACAGCUACUGGAAGAAGAAGGAGGCCUUCCUUCGAGGAAGUAAAAUUUCAGUCGGGGAGAAAUUCUCUUCAGAAAUCGUGCUCCGGUUUACUGGGCGGAGGCGUUCCGGUGACAAUUCAGACCAGUCCCUGCAGGAGGCGCUGCGCACACGACUCCGAGUGGUGGAGAGCAACAGUAAAGACAUCACUCAGCUCUUUAAAGACCUGUCAGCUCGUCUGGUCUCUGUUCAUGCUGAGAAGGACAUCUUUGUGCUCACAUUUAAGACGGUGGAGGAGAUCUGGAAGUUUUCAACUUACCUCUCAUUAGGUUUUGUUGCCCGAUGCUUGGAGAACUUCCUGUGUGACCAGUCUUUCUGGCUGGACUCGGAACUGCUUCGUGAGUUAGAGAUCAAUGUCUCUGUGGACGAGGAGCAUCUCGCCACCCUCUACCUGGGGCUUCUGCUUCAAGAAGGAUCUUUUUUCGCCAAGGCGCUGUUCACCAGAAGUGAGGAGGAUGAAGACAGUGAGGAGCAGCUGGCAUUUAAAAAGAAUGACCUGCUGAUAGUGAGGGAUACGGGGAAGGACGACAUUUGGGAGGGCACUAUGCUCGCCACCGGGAGCCACGGCCAGGUGCCAGUCCACGCCAUGCAGCCACUGCCCUACCCCUUCUACCAGUGGUUCCUCAGGAAGUAUCCGGGCCAAGCUGGAUACUCACCAGUAGAAAAGGAACUGUUUGAAAGUGCAAUCGUGACCGGUUCGUGUGAAGCCAUCGUUGACUACAGUCCAGCUGGGCCAGACGAGCUCCAGCUGAGUCAAGGGGACACGGUGGAGAUCCAGGGUCUGCUGAUGCGGGGACUUUCCAUCUUCAUAGGAAGACACACAUCCACAGGACGCACUGGAUUUGUUCACAGGGCCCACGUCAAGCCUCUGAACACCAAACCCCUAGACAGACAAUUGGUCUUUCUCACAGAGGAGGAGAAGGCCAGCCUGGCUCAGGUUAACCCGUAUAGCUCAGAGCCAAGCGAAAGCUGCCUUCUGGAAAGACUCUUCUCAUCAGACAUCAGCUCUGUGUACAGACUAGACAGGCUGGACGAGGCCGACUUCAUGUACAUACGGAAUCGGCCAAAGCACGAUUUUAAGGGUUUUUCCAGCGCCCGUCAGAGCCUUAUGUCCGAAAGAAGCGAAGGGACAACGCAGAACCAAUCCUCCCCCCGCGCCUCCGUCUCUGUCGCCUCGCCGCGCGUGUCCCUCUAUCAUUCCCUCAACCCUCUGCCACGAGAGGGAGAGCGGCUCUCUUUCAAUCUGGAGGACACAUUUAAAGAGCUCGAUGAGUUCCAGGAGGAUCCCCCUCUCUUCAUGGAAGAGAACAGCUGGGAGGGCGAGAAGCCGGAGCUCAGUGACCCGACACUGACUCUGUUAAACCACGAACACUUCCACGAUGAAUUUCUGCCCUUGUACGACCUACACUGUUCCUUCCUGUGGAUGACUUUCGGUGAGAAGACUGAGGACGAACUGUCCGGACAUCUUGAGAGUGUCAGGGAGUGCGCCAAGAGACUGGGCAUGCACUGGGCACAUCGGCGUGCGUGCUUUGUCCUUGGCAGACUUUGUGCCAGAAAGCUAAAGUUCUCCCAGGCACGAGUAUACUACGAGGAAGCUCUGAGUGUCAGUGUCAACAGCUUCUCUGACGUGCCGCUCCUCGUGGCUCUCUUCACAAACCUCACUGCCAUCUACCUGAAGCAGCGUAUGACUGAUAAACUGCCCCAGAUCCUGGAGAAGGCCAGUGCCUUAAUACUCUGUCUUCCCUGCCAUGCUUUCAUGUCCUCGGAUGAAGUUGAACUGCUGAAGCUCCUCCUGAGAAGAUCCGUCGUGUUGGGGGACAAACAUUUGGAGGCUCGCGUCUGCUACCUCAUCUCUAGCCUCUACUUGGUUCUUAAGAAGACAGAAGACACGCUACCUUUCUUUGAGCGACUUCAGUUUCUUUCAGCCACACUGUCGGCCACCGAAGGCGGACCUAUCGAACCUUUGGACCUCAACUGGCUCUUGAGCUGGCUCUAUCAUCGUAAAUACAUGCCUUAUUUAGCAUUGGCCUCCCUCAGCCUGGACUCAAGAGAAGACCAUUCACUUUGCGAUGCUUUCCAGAGGAUCGAGUUGUUUAUCAGGAACUCUGUCCGUCUGAAUCCGUGCUGGAAGGAAGGAACCUCACUACUCCCCGCUCAGAUAGUGGUUUACCUGCAGCAGGCUCUUGCCGUAGCUGAGCAGGGUGAUGACAUAAAGAUGCAGCGGGACCUUUGUUUGGCUUUGGCUUUGACCUACCAGCAGUACGGUGCGCUGGAUAAAGCAGUACGCUGCGCUCAACAAGCUGUGGAGACAGGGAGCCACAUCAAUGAGGAGGAUGGCUUUGAGGCUUCAGUGCUACUUGGUUGGCUGCUGGUGUUGACGGGUCAGGCUGAGAGGGCUCAGAGUAUUUUAGAGCCACUGCUCACAUCACUAGAGAGCACGGACAGUCCCACUCAGCAAGGAGUCAUCCAUAACCUUUUAGCAUUGUGUCUGAGGCAUCAGGGUCGGGUCCGCGAGGCAGGUUGGCAUCUUCACUCUGCCUUGGAAAUCUCCAGAGAGAGUGGCAACCAAAGGAAUCAGGCGCUGGCACUGGCUAACCUGGGCUGCCUGGCGCUGGAUGCUGGGGCGAACCUCCUUGCGGAGCGCUUUCUGGUUAGGUCUCUGUGCCUUUUCCUGGAUCUCUGGGAGAGUCCAACCGAUGAGGAACACGUUCAGGUGUAUCUUUGGCUUGGGCAGAGCUACAAGGACAGAGGGAAGAGUCAGGACAUCAGGGCAUGCUAUGAAAUGGGGCUGCUAAUUGCGCUGCAUGCCAGAAAUUUGCACAGCCAGAUGGUGGUAGCCAAGCUUCUGAGUGUGCUGUACGCCGAAAUGCUGCUCUACUGUCAGAGCAUUGCUUACUAUGAGCAUUGUGUCUCAGUGUCCAGAGAGCUAAAGGACAAGAGACGGGAAGGAGAGUAUCUGGAAAAACUCAGCAGCCUCUACCUCUCACUCAACACAGAGAAAUCGUCUCGUAAGUCUCUUGAUUACACCAAGCAGAGUCUGAGGAUUUCUAUCGAUCUGGGCAAGAGAGAGGAAGAGUCAGAGACCUGGCUGCAGGUGGGACGAAUCUAUUACCUCAUUCAGGAGGACGAGCUGGCUGACAUGUACCUGCAGGCAGCAGUGAAGACAGCCUUGAGGAUGAACGACCCUCACUUUGCUUUGAGCAUCUACGAGGAGGCGGGAGAUGUUUACUUCAAAGGCCACAGGAACCGAAUGGCUUCAGAGAUUUUCUACAGAGAUGGCAGUCUACCAUUUGCACGGAGCAUCAAAGACGUCCAUUCUGAGUUCCGCUUGUUAAGUAAAUUAACAGAGCUACUAAUGAAUCAAGGAGAGCAGGAGGAAGCGCUGCAGUAUGCAACACUGGCUGUUCAAAUAGCUAACCAAACAGGAGUUCGUGAAAAUGAGAGGACUGCAUAUCAUCGAUUGGCCACAAUUUACUUCAAUCUUCAGCAGUACGAGAUGGCAGAAUACAAUUACUUGAAGUCCCUUUCCCUGUGUCCGCCUGCUCUGCAGCAUCCCACAGAAGCGUGCUACUACACUAAAGUCUACUGCCGGCUAGGAAACAUCACAUUAUAUGAAUUGAAGGAUGCCUUUGAUGCAGCGGGGUACUUCUAUUUAGCACUGGCGGCCGCUCUUGAGGACAAAGCUAAUCCUGAAGCUCUGUAUGUUGUGUACAUGAAGCUGGCGGAGAUCCAUGGAAGCCACAUGCCUGACGCUCAGUUGUGCCAGAUGUACAUCGACAGAGCUCAGAGUUUGAAGAGAGUCCUGGCCGGUGUUGAAAGCUUCCCAGACAGUGAUUCCAACCUAAAAAGGGAGAACUUAUCAAAUGUUUAUACUGGAUACAGAAGAAGUGCGAAUGACACGGACUCUACCUUUGAUUCUGUUCCUGGAGACGAAAGGUUUGUUGAUAGCACAGCGGCAAGAGCUCAUUUGGUCAAGAUUGACUCUGGGGAAAUAUUGACGGACAUGAAUCUUGAGGGAGGUUAUGGUCAGAAGGAUCACAGUCACUGCCCUGGUGACACAGAUAGUCGCUAUUUAGAUGUUUCAGGCUCUGAGACAGACACCAUUGCGAGUCAGUCAUAUAGUGACAGCAUCAUAACUGGAUCCUUUGACACGGCGAAGGAGCACAUUUCAGACUCCAGCAGCACCUCUGACACUUAUCAGAAUCCGGCUGAAGGGAAGGAUUCAGAAUUUGAUUCUGACCGCAGCAUGCAGAGUCAAAUACCUGCAAAACCCACAGGUGACCUCACCAGAGACACAGAUGCCAGAGACACGGAUUCAGAUAUUCCAGAUGAGCAAAGCACGCCGAGUAAAGAACCGGAUGCUCUCAGCAAUCCGACUCAGACAGACUGUGACGCUGGAUGGAAGGGUACUGCUACCAUGAACAAUGGUAAAGCUGCAAGUGAGGAUGAUGCUUGGAGACACACGGAGGAAUAUAAAUUUUGUGAUGCACGCAGUGAGAACACAGAUGGUGACACAUAGCAUUCCAGGGACUCUUCCCGUUCUCUGGCCGCAGGGUUUACAGCUAGAAAACCGAUCAAAACGUUCCAGCCGAUUGGCUAUCUUUAUUUUUCGUAUGUGAUGUCUAUACUGUAAAUCAAUCAACGCAUAGCCUGUUUCCCUGAUGUAAUUACUACAGCGCACUGUAAAUGGAACUUGUUUUCUACAUUGCAGUAUAAUGUACACAUUAAAAAAAGUCUUAUUUUG